GUAUCCUUAAACACGAUCGUUGUGUUUCGAGCCAGGUCAUUAGCCCCGUAAGUAAUACACCAAAUUAUCAAGCCCUUUCACCCCCUUUAUGAUAAGGUUGUUUUCUCACUCUCUCUACACCCUCUUUACAGUUAUUACCAGCGAGCUCGCUGGUCCUGGAAAAUAUGCUAAUGUGGGCUGUGAAUUCUGAUUGCCUUCGCGCGAUCUCGUACGACUUGACCUUCGACGUUCGUCGGACGGUACCGAUAGCGACGAGUGCCGCUUAUCGUCCCCAAAACCAGCGUUUCUUCGCGUGAAACAAUUCCUGCAGUACGCAUAAGGUGAGUGCCACGAAGAUGCCGUAAAGAUGAAGCGAAACCUGCGAAGCGCAUUUUGCUUUUGUUCCCAUGUGUAAUUGAAUUUAUUCGCCAGAUGGCUUGCAAAACGACGCCCGGUCAAUUGUAAGGAGUUGUGUUAAAGUUGAUAAGCGUCGCAAAUCGUUGUUUGAUGGUCGCAGGGCGCGAAAGAACGCUUCCAGGUUUGCCGUAUUGAUACUGGGUGUUCUCUGAUUGGGCGGAGUUCUUGAAAGUACUAGACUUUGGUCAGAACUAAGUUAGCAAUACUGGUACAGGUAGUUGAGAUGUCUUUUUUAUGAGGUUUUCGAAGUAUUUCUCAGGUCACCAGACAGGUACGCUUGGACCAUAACAUCCAGGAACAUGACGCAUUACGGUUAACUUUGCUUUGUUUAGUUAGGCAGAAGAUAUAGACAUUCUAACGAACCGAAUGCACUUAACUAACCAGUGUAGCAAUUUAUUUCUUGCUGGAACAUUACUGUACCACGCAAUCGAACGAAAGACACCGCACGGUAACGCUCCGUAACGAUAAUUCUACCAACAAGCCGGAAACGAUUGUGUCGAUUAUGUGUCGGUGCCGGUAGUAACUUCGCCGCCCAACAAAAACCAUUGGAAGACCUUGAGCUCAUUUCGUUCCUUCCAUCGAGCAGAUGGCUCGACAGCGCAACGUUCGACAUUUAACCGAUAUUCUUACGCAGAUAUAAAAUGGAACCAAUUCUGAUAAGUCCCAGACAGUGGGCUGAAGUGACUUACCACGAGCGAUACUUGGUACGCGCUACACACGGCAGGCGAAGCAGUACAAAACGGUGCGCAAGGAUGAAAACACUAUUGCUUACCGUAUCGUUGUUCGUAAUGACACAAGGGGCGUACGUCGUGCGGACAUUCGCGGAUGCGUCGCGGUAUAAGGAUGAGUGUGUGAAGCAGUACGCCGUACGGGGCAGCUCAUUGAUCGACUACAUGCGGCAGGUAUCGUUACAUACGGAUGAUGAUGAUAGUCGCUGGUGUAUCGUACGAUGUAUACUGCACAAAUCGGAGUUACUGGAGAUAGCGCAAAGUGAUACGCUGCACGAGGAGAACGUUCAUGCGCAGAUGCAGUACAGCAAUGCGAUCGUGGAGGAUCCGGAGGAUAUACGCAGCGAGACGAACCGAUGUCUGCAGGAACCGAUAGUGACCGGUGACGGUUGUCUACGGGCGUACACAUUCUUUGCCUGCAUCCAGAGCACGGAGUAUGACUUAUUUUGAACACAGUGCUUCCUGCUCCUCCUGUUCGGCAGUGCGGCACUGUCCGGUGUAUUAAUUACAGCGUUAAUAAAUAAUCUUGCCCCGACCGGAGAGGUCAUGUUGACAGGUCACUUCCUUUCGUUUCUCCCGCAUGCCUUAUUAUCACACCACACCAAACGUUGCUAUCAGUGCCCGGUGGCGGGUGUUUCUAGCUUCGGGCGUACAUGUCACCAUUGGUUCAUUAUCAGACGUGUGCACUGGCAUGAUCGGAGCAGAUCAGCUGAUCAAGCAGCAAUGUGGGGCCUUGGUGGUGUCCGGCAACAAUUCACUUAUCUUCCCCGAAACCCGGCGCAAGCACGGUCCACACGGCGCGGACGGGAUCAUCAAUUGGAUCCCGUCCGCACUGGGUCUGGGACAUAAUCAAAUGAAAUGUUUCCACUUCGGCAAAAGCAAUCAGAGAAUGUAAGCGUAAAUACGGUUGAAGCCGGGUGGAUAAAGCGACCACCAAUGAGGGUCAAUGUACAGCGCACCCAUAGGCGUCGACGAAACGUCGUGAGCUAUCAAGU